AUGGCGAAAACGUCGCGAAAGAGAACCAAUUUGUCGCUAUUCUUCGCCAUCUUUCUAAUGAUGAUUACUUUCAUGUCUUUUCUCAUUCUUAUAUAUUAUGAAACUCACAAACCGUUAGUUAUUGAGACAAAAACGGGCAAAAUAAUGGCCACAACUGUCACUCGGCUCGGAAAGAGUGUCCACUGUUUCUUCGGCAUCCCUUACGCCGAACCGCCGGUCGGAGGCUUGAGAUUCAGGAAAGCGGUUCCAAAGAAAGCGUUCAAAGAAACUCUAAAAGCCUUUAAACAACCGAAUUAUUGCUUUCAACGCAAGACAACAAUUGACAAGAGCUCUGAAUACGUGAAACAAGUCCUCAAAUACAUUCCCGAUUUGAACCACUAUUUCGACGUCGAACGCGCCGAAGACUGUCUCUAUCUCAAUGUGUUUGUUCCCGACUCGGGCGCCAACAAGACGGUGAUGGUGUGGAUCCACGGCGGGGCCUUCAUCUCCGGUCAAAUCAGUCAUUACGACGGAUCCAUUUUGGCCGCCGCUCGAGACGUGAUUGUCGUGACCAUCAGUUAUCGUUUGGGAGUGUUUGGCUUUCUGGCGGCCAACGGUUCGGAACUUCCGGGAAAUUACGGUCUUCACGACCAGGUGUUGGCUCUGCACUGGAUUCGCGAUAAUAUCCACGCUUUCGGCGGAAAUGUCGAUAAUGUGGUGUUGUUUGGAGAGAGCGCGGGCGCCAUCAGUGUUGGCUAUCAUUUGAUUUGUCCGCUGAGUCGCGAUCUGUUCUCAAGAGCUAUUCUCGAGAGCGGAAACCCUUUGGUUCCGAUGAUAAUGGCCGACAGGAACAUCAACACUGAGGCCACUCUCGACCUGAUCCGCGCGCUCUGUCCGCACAUCGCGGCCACACAAGUGGACAGCCGUGGGAUCACG